AUGAAGUACAUUCUCAUCGCCUCUCUCCUUACCUCCGCGGCUUACGCUGCUCCUUUCGCCCAGGUCCAGGGUGGUAACGGCGUCAACGGCAACACUGCCGCUGCUACGACUGGCCAACAAACAGGAAACCAGGGUGGCCAAACCCAAACUGGCAACCAGCAACAGCAGCAGCAGCAGCAAGGAGCGCAGAACGGCAACCAGCAGCAGCAACAGCAGGGUGCCACCAACAAUCCUACCGGUCUUGGUGCUGGUAUCCAGAAUGGCCAGACACCUACUGCCAACGAUCUCGCCACUGCCGUCUCCAACUGGAUGGCCGACACUUCAAUGGUCUCCAACUUCCUCAACACUGGAGCCAGCAUCCAGAACAACGUUCAAUUCAAGCAGGCUGCUACUGUUGCCUUCAACGCCGAGGUUGAUGAGCUCAACCACAAGGCCAUCAUCGACGCUGCUAACGGCGCGAUGCCCAGCGUCAUUGCUGCCAACAGCACCCUCGCUACUGGCGGUUCGUUCCAGGAUGUCGUCGACAAGCUUCAGCAGAUGUCUGUCCAGGGUAUGGCUGCCGCUGGCAACAUUGACUUGAUCAACCAGAACCGCUGUGUCAACGUCCUCCCCAACAUCGACGCCUACAUGGCUUCUACUGGAUCCACCUCCCAGGCGGUCCGUCCCACCGUCUGCGACCAGACCGGUGUUGCUGGUGGUGUCCAGGGAACUGGUGCUACUCAGCCCGGUGCCCCAGCAGGUAGCCCCGCCGCUGCCUUCGCCGCUGCUCAGGCUCUUGCUCAAGGAACUGGCAACGGUCUGGUUCAGAACACUGGCGCUGCUGGUGCCGCCGCUGGCACUACGGGAACUCAGGGAACUCAGGGAACUCAAGGAACUCAAGGAACUCAAGGAACUCAAGGAACUGCGGGUGCUCAGGGGGCUCAGGGUACUGCAGGAACUGCUACAGGUACCACUGGCACUGCCACCAAUGGACAAACUCCUCAACAAGCCGCCGGUAUUACACCCACCAACGGCCAAGCACCCCAGGGUACGACUGGUGUCCAAACCCCUCAGCAAGGUGCUCAGGGUACUACCGGACAGCAGACCCCUCAACAGGGACAACAAACUGGCCAACAGCAGGGUCAGCAGACUGGUCAACAGGCUCAACAGGGUCAGCAGACAGCUCAGCAAGGCCAAGCUCAGACUGGCAACCAGCGGGCAGGCAACGGCGCCGCUGCUGGACAACAGACUCAAGGCCAGACCCAAAACGGUGGUAACCAACAGCAACAGGCUGGCAACAGCGCCGCUGCUGGACAACAGUCUCAGGGCCAAACCGCUGGUCAGGCAUCUGGCCGCAACGGUGGAAACGGCGGUAACGGUGGCCAGAACAACAACUAA